UGAAGCCAACAACAGUUAACUACAGCAAGUCAAAAGCUUUGCACCAACUAAACAUUUUUCACAACCAACAGAAAUUUACUGAAAUCACCAAUACAAUGGGUUGCAAGAAUUGUGUAUCUGCUUGCCAGUGCUCGACCGUCAAGUGCGGGGGCAGCUGCGCCUGCAUUAAGGAUUGCAGCUGCGUGUGCAAGUCUGGACCCAAGGAGCAGUGCUGCAGCAGCAAAUAAUCAAGAUUAUACUGAAUUCUGCAUAGAGUUUUCAAAUGCCAUUUGGCAUAAACAUUUGCGUGUGAUUCAAUAAAAAUGAUAAGAGCAUGAA